AUGACUGCACCAUGGGAAGAAACCACUUUACCAACUAUUCUAGCCAGAUACGAACUGAAGGAUAUUUUUAAUGCCGACGAGUUUACCGUCAAAGUCUUUGCACUUCCGUGUUAUAACAGGCAAUACCAUCCUAAUAACAAGCUGGAACAACAGAAAAAACUAAAAAUAGAAGACUGUGUCGACUUUGUAAAUGAAACAAUUGGAAAAUCAGCCAAAAUGAGAUGUUCUAAAAAUGUUCGUAACCUCCCCCGUCGGUAUAGAUCCCAAAAAAAAUCGUGGAUGGAUGGCACACUUUUUAAAGAAUGGUUACGCGAGCUUGACCGUAAGUUUACUAUGCAAGAAAGAAAAAUUGUUAUGGUGGUUGAUAACUGUCCUUCACAUCCAGAUGUUUCAGAAUUGAAAUCCAUUAAUUUACAAUUCGUUCCACCAAAUACCACGUCUUGUACGCAGCCAAUGGAUCAAGGCGUUAUCAGGUACGUAUUUUUUGUUUAUGAAUUUCUAUCGUUUCUAUUAUAUUUUUCGAUUGUUGAAAACAUUUGCAAUGGAAUGUCUUCCGUACGAUUGAUAAAUAGCAGUCGAAUGUUUUGA